AGAUUGUUAUGUCCAGUUGCAGCAGUAACACUUGUAUAUCUAACAGUAGCAUUUCUAUUGACCCCAUAAUAUUGACUAGUGAACAUGUUGAUCUUGUAUUUGAUGGUGAGACUGCUGUGGUAGAACAAAGCAGUUAUAAUGUUGGUGUGUCUCCAAGCAUGGCAGUUACGACUGUCUCGGACCUGUCAGAUGUGGAUGAUUCAUCCAGCUCAGCUAAGCACAGUUCUCCUACUGAGACUGCACCUAUCACAAUCUCAGCUGACACAAUAUCAAGUGAACUAACUGUGUGCCAGUAUGUGUUGCCAGCUGACAUUAUGGUUGGUGGCUUUGAGGAGGUUGUGGAGGAAGUAGAACUUGGCAGCCAAUGGUGCAUCAGUGGCAGCACUAUGUCCUCCCCAAGCACUAGCAAUGAGCUGCACUUCAUCAACCCAUCAUCAACUGAUGUGCUCUUCACAGUUAUUGAGGACUCCUUCACUAUGAGUCAUUUUGACAGCCCUAAAGUUGGCCUGGACACAACUUCUUUCAUUUCUCAUGACAUUAUGCUUCAGAAGCACGAGGAAUGUGUGGAUGUCAAACCCUUUAUGGAUGAGGGCUCUCUUGAAGGACUACAAGUUUGUGACUCUGUAUCACCUCUCUCUGGUGUUGUCCUCUCUGAUGAUUUUAUAAAAAAUGAAGAGCUCUUGCACUCAGAACAAGAUAAUUCAGAUGGGGAUGGCUCUGCAACCUCGCUAUUUACAUUCAUCCAGCCUAGCAAAUUUCAAGAUGCCUCCACUCAAGUUGUAGGGAAACUUGAUAAAAUAGUUUCAUGUUCCAACAUAAAGGAAGAAAAUUCCAAUACUGAUGCCUUAUGCAAUUUCUCAAAUGAUGUUACAUUGCCAAGCCAGAUAACUGACUUCACUAUCUACCCAAACAUUGUUUUAGGGUUUGCAGAAAUUGAUCAGCCAGGAAAAACAUUCAAGCUGAAAUUGCAAAAAGUUAAUUAUCAUAACACCAAAAAUGAUGGUAAGAAAAUGAAGAGUUCGUCCAAAAAAGACCUUUCUUUCCAAUGUAAAGAGUGCAGUUUGUUAUUUCGAAAAAAAGAUGACCUUGAUGCUCAUAUGGAAGAUCAUUUAAUUAAGUUACAGAAUUCUUGUCCUCUAUGUAAUGCUAUAUUUCCUUCGAAAAGUUCUUUGCAAAUGCACAUCAGACAGCACUUCAAUAACCCUCACAUUUGCAAUGUUUGCUCUGAACAAUUCUCUGACAAAUCUCUUCUUAGCAAACAUAAACUUUUAGAACAUGGAGUAAAGAGCAACUCUCUGACACAUGCUGCAAAGAGUAGUUCGGAUAAUCAAGUUGCAGACACUGAUGCUUCUCAACAAUCACUGCAAGCUGUUAAGAAUGGAGUUGUUAGCAAAUUUUCAGUUAGCUCCAAGAAUGGAUUGAAAAAGUUACCAAAAAGUUGUGAAGGGGCCAAAGCUUUCAAGUGCAGCCUGUGCAAGGCUUUGUUCUCAUCAAGGUCUGAAUUAAAGAUCCAUUCAAACACUCACUGGCAGAAGCCAUUCAAAUGCGAAGAGUGUGGAGCCACUUUCACUCAGAACGGCUCAUUGCAAGUACACAUUCGAAGGCACCGCGGCGAUAAACCCUUCACUUGCAAGCUCUGUGGCAACUCCUACACUCGAGCCUUCAGCCUCAAAGUCCACAUGAAGACGCACACGGGAGAGAAGCCUCACAACUGUGAAUAUUGUAACUCAAGUUUCAUUACUUCAUCUCAUUUGAAUGUCCAUCGUCGUAUCCACACUGGGGAACGCCCAUUUUCUUGCACCGAAUGCUCUGCCACGUUCAUCACCACAUCUCAUUUGAAUGUGCAUAAAAAGAUUCACUUGUUCUCUGCACCUACAUCAGUGCGUUGUUCUCAGUGCAAUGUCACCUUAAGAGACAAUGCUCAGCUCCGACUGCAUCGCAAAGCCCAUCAUUCUCAAAAGAUAGUACAGAAUAAGAAGUGCAAGUAGCGUCUAAAGUUGUCUGCUAUGUUAAUCUUCUACUUGAUACUAGUCAUUCGAUUGUAAGUGUGUGAGUGAGGAACUUGAUGUCGUGUGAUCUGACUGGCAUUGAAAUUUUUUAGUGUUUGCUUCUCUAUAAAAUCAUGUUAUUAGUAUUACUCAUGAAUAAGAAAUCCUUUUGUUUUGUUCACUUACAUUUUCAUUUAAACUUGAACCACCUACCAAGUCAUUUUGAUGCAUCGAAUUAUUAUUCAACAUCGUGGUAAAGUCCUUCUAUUGUCUCUUUAGUAGCAAUACCUUCUCUCUAUUGCGAAUUUGAUUCAUUAUAAAAAGGGUUUGUUUAGGCAUAUGAAGUUUGUGUUUUCCAUUUUAAGUCAUUGCGUUCAGUAAAAUUGUUUUCUGUGCACUGUGCCCACAGAAGAAACCAAAUACCACAAGACUCUACUCCUCUGAAUGUGUAAUAUUUUAUGUUUACUUGUCAAGUCAUGUCUUGAACCGAGUCAAAGUUCACCUAGUCUCCCGAGUCAUCCAUUUAAUCGUAAUAAGAAAUUAUCCACUCUAAUGGCCACGCCAUUCAUUUACACUUAGCUGCAUUUGCGCUCUCCCGCCACUUAUUCUGGUACUAAUCUAGUCAAGGAUCCAGUCGUUAUCUGCCAUUGUCUGGGGCGUUCUAAUAUUAGUGUCAUCCCCAUUAUUGACGCAAUUCAUAUCAUCCAAUAGAAUUUGUAUUAAUCUAUUGAUGAAAUGUGAACGUAGAGCUUCAGUCCAUUCCCGCAUUGCUGUAUUCGCUUAUCGGUGUAUGUAAUAGAUGAUUUCUUGAGAUAUGAUAGGAAAUAUCAUGCAUGGUUUUCUCAUUAGUAUGAAUAGGGAGGAUUUGUACCUUCGCAUUGCGUUGCUUGCCGUGCACUUUGGUCAUGGAAAUCGUUCACUUCCAAAAAAAAUGUUUAGCAAAAAUUAGGUGGUUUGUUGGUUUUUUAGGAGCCCCCUACUAUGUACUCAGGCAUUUGUUCAGUUAAUAGUUUUAUGGUAUAUUCUAAGCCAAAAACUUUAUUGUACUAAAUGAUUUCUUAAACAGUAUGUGGAAGGAAUAAGAUAGUACAGCACAUAAGAACUUUGCGUAAGUUUUAAACUGAUAGCCUUUCACUGCCACUGACAACUAAUGCACUACCAUAUUUUCAUGUCAUUUCAACAAACCCGGAAAUUUUAGGGUAAUUUCGGCUAAGGACAGAUAAACAAAUAUUCGCGUUCUCUUAUUUUAAUUUCUGCUGCUUAAAUGCGCUGGUGUUGAUUGUGUGACGAGCUACUGAGUUUUUGUUCAUUUUUGCACUGACGGCUAGGAAGAAAACAACUAUAAUGAGAUGAAAUGACAAGCCAAAUUUUAAUUGAAAUUACAUGAAUGGCAAAUAAAAUUUUUGCCGACCCUUUAAAUGAACUGUCAUCAAUGAUGUAAGAUCGAUAACUAAAAUUACCGUCAUGAGACAGAGGGUUAAAAUUGACAAUGUUAUGCGUUAUUCUCAUUUCAUUUUAUAUCAUGGGAAGUUGAUGAUCUGAUGUCAUUUUGUGUAAGAAACGUACUCGUGUCUGUAGAAAUUUUUAUGAUGGUAUUGUUAGGCUUUCUUGUACACAGUCUCUGCUUCCAAAUCGGGCAAGCGUCACAACCCUGGUUUAGAAAAUAUAAUGUCUGGAAUGUUCUAACCAAAAUUAUAGAUAAAUUAUGAUCGACUUGAAAUGAUAGUAGGUAGUCAUAAAUGUAUUUUUUAUCAUUAUUAAUUUGGAUUGCCAAAUUUCUUUCUGGGUUAAGUAUUUAUAUUGAUGAUUCGUCAACGUUUUUCGGCACUCACUCUGGAUGCCUGUGAACAAUUUCUAGUACCUACUACUGAUCCUGUAAUAAUUCUAGUGCUAUUUUUUAGCUGGUUCCAUUAAAACCGUCACCUAAUUAUUUUUAAUUUGCAUUCGGUACUUAGAACAGGAAUUAUUUCUAGCAUCAAAAAUGUACUUUAUGUGUGUUAAUUGCUUGGCUUUGGUAUUUUAAGUGUCACAACCAACAUACUGUUUUGCCAUAAACGAGCCAACUUGUCACAACCUACAGUAUUCACUUUGUUUUGUUAUAUUGAAAGGACAAUCUCGGAUUAAGGUGCCUCUUAGUGUGUACUGACUGGAUUAUAACUAUGCUAUUUUGUUUCCGUUCUUGUUUUAUUCAAGUUUAUUUUGUUGUAGUAACCCCAUAAAAAACUAUGCUGUGUAAACUUGACUUGUGAAGUGUGUUUACCUCGUGGAUUUAAACUUGCCAAGUGACAGUUCUAAGUACCUCUGAUAUCUUUUGAAUCUCCUAUGAGUCCUAGUCAUGACCGCUGUACCUGCCAGGACGGUCGUAACGUGUCAUAUAUUGUUUUUGUUCUAGUUUCACUCUAAAUUGUUAACUAUGUCAUAUUUUUUUGGUAAAUUUUAUUUAUUAUUUUCAACUAUUGUUAUUAUUUUGUGUUGAUCUAUUUAAUUUUGCGAAUUACAUGCGUGCCACCUCGAGUUGCGCUAGAAGUUUAUCGACUAAUUGUAGCAUAUGAGAUAUAGGUACUGAGUGUAGUACUUGAAUAAUACUUUUGAAACCUGAUUAUUAGUUGCGUACAAACUCAUUUUCAUUUAUGUUCAUAGUGAGUAUUCAUUUAUUAGUUUCAGUAAUUAUAUCUUUUAAGUGCUUUUACAACAUUCAGUCAAAGUUGAUACUUUCUUACGCUUGUGUAUUUACAAGAUACAAGAUUUCUUAUACUUUUGUAGUUCGACGACUCCUGAUUUUUUUCAGCCUUAUUUAUUGUCAUAAUUUCAAAUGCGGGUUUAAUUAUUAAUAAGCGAUCGUCAUAUAUCAAUCAUAAUCAGAUUUGCAAUUAGUCGUCUACAAACUUCACGUGCAUCCAUCCAGUCAUAGUCGAUUUUUAUUUUAUCAAUUUCAACCUUAGUUUAUAAGAAGCGCCAUCUCCUUAGCUUUUUUU